AUGGGAACACUCUGGUCUCCUCACUACGAUCCACUAAUGUCUCCGAAACGAGCUUGCGAUACCUGUAUAUCUCGCAAGGUCAAAUGCAACGGCUCCUGGCCUUGCGAUACCUGCCAUGGGGCAGUGAAGAGGACGCAAUGUACGUACCUGAGACCCGCGCGCAGGCGGGGCCCGAAGUCUCGACGAACGACAAGCCAAGCAAACACCGACAAACCGCAAGGCGACAAUGAACAUUUUGACCGGGAAGUUGGGCCCGUGGUAGUAGAUGGGAGAAUUGCCAUGGCCGAUCUUUCAUCAGAAACCUCUAGCGUUCGACCUAUCCCAAUUGCCGUUCUUGAAACGGUCGUCAGACUUUACCAAAGGCACUCAUACAGCGUCUGGCCUGUCAUUGAUGCAGAUGCACUACUAUCUAAGCUCAAGAACCUAGACACUGACAGCGAUGAUCACCAUGCCCAGCAUACUGUUUGUCUAAUCACGGCGCUUUGCGCAGCAACAAUGGCCCAGUUGCAUAUCGGUCCCCAGGUUACAGAAACAGGCACCGUGGAUAGCACGACAAUGGUACAGAUAUGCCUUCGAACGCGCAAUAAAUGCGAUAAUCACGGAGAGCACAUGGAUCUCCGGAGCAUCAUGGUCUCGUUCUUUCUGCACGUCUAUCAUGCAAAGGUCAACCAACGGCAUUCGGCAAUGAUGUAUAUCCAAGAGGCUAUUGCGGGAGCCAGAGUUCUGAGAUUAGACGAAGGGGCCUCUCAGAAGCAAGAUGAACUAGUUUCGAACAAAGCCUUGGUUUUCCCAUUACUCUGGGUAUCGGAGAGAGGGUAUGCCCUGCACUUGGGUCUUUCGCCUUCAUACAAUGAGCCAUUAUCACCAACAGAGCUAGAGGGCCAUAACGGUGCCGACGUCGAAGGUCAAGGGCUUUUAGAGCUAGCCAAGCUUUUUGUCGCGUUCGACCGCAUCUCAGUGCGUCGGAGGUCAUCUGCUGGGGCCACGGCGGUCAAUUUGACUGACACAGAGAGAGAACUGUCCUCUUUGUCUUCCCUCAUGGUUGACUCUGUCUCAGCCAGAACUGCGGACUACCACAUCACGCGACAGUGGAUGAGAACGAUUUUAUGGCAACAGGCGCUGUCAACGGGCUUGCUUUCUUCUUCCGCCUAUGAUAGUGUUUUAACAUUUUCUUUCCCUGCUCAAGUGAGCCGUGACUUACUGCAUGCCUUAAGAUGGUUUAGCGAGACAGACUUACUUCCUUUGGGACGAGAUCAGGUUCGUGAGUUCACCUUGACAAAGAAAAUCGCUAACCUCUCCUAG